GAGAGGGUCAUGUUGGGAGGUAUGUUAAUACGUCUGCCCCCCUGAAGGUCUGCACUGACUCAGGCCGACAUGUCACUUGUCUAGUGACACAUCACUCAGCAUGGGCCGGGGAGAGCCGCGUCUGCUUCACCCCUGUCAUACAUAUUUACUCGCCCCUAGGUAACUCAGGAGAUAAUCACAAUCAUUUGACUGCUGCCAGCCACUCGGUCCUCUCUCCUAUGCCAACCAACGCGCCAGAGGCUACGCGCCGGCUGAUGACGUUAAGGACGUCAGUGCUGCUGCUGGAACCACAACACACCUCUCGCUGUCUACGCAGUGGAGCCUUCUGCACGGUGCCCGAGCUCAGCUGAUGAUGCCACCGCCUGUACGUGUCCGGAGAACCUGAGCUGCCCCAGCCCUGGGCGAAAAGAGCAGGCCGGAGAGGCGGGCAUCGCCUGGUCAUCAGCUGUCACCGAGCUUCCACUGCAACGGGCGGGGUUGUGGUGGCCUGACCCUUACCGGAUGAUACCCGGACGCAGUAUGCAGAGCGUCUGAAUAUCGACAAUCCUUUGGUCAUGGAUGCUUGUACAAGAAACCAGGGGUGCCAAAUGAAACCUAAAUUAUCACUGAAAAAAGAAAAUAUCAGUGAAGGGCUGCUGAGCGCAGUGAAGUCAUUGCUACAAAGCAGGAAGGAGCUGUGCACUAUCGCAGACAGUCCAAAGACCAGCAAGAAAGGGGAUUUUAUUGAGAUCACUUUCCUUGGCCUCUCAGGGGAUUCAGGAGCAGCAAAUAUUCAGGGUGUAGCAGCUUAUCACCUGGACAUUCCUGAACUGAUCCGGUCUCUUCGUCUGUGCAACCUAAAUGUGAAUGAAGUCAUUUUAUUAAAAGAUGGAAAGGAAGCAACACAAUCAUGUACAUCACAGCGUUUAUUUUCAGGAGCGGUGUGUAUGAUGACCUCCAUAUCAUUUCCAUUCUUCAAAAGUGACUCUUUGUUUGUCCUGCUGAGCAAAUAUACAGCCGGUGUUAAGUAUGCAAUGGAGCAAGAAGAUUUUACUAGAAUAAGCAAGACAGAUCACCAUGAAGAUGAUGACACAAAUCAAUCUGUCUCUUCAAUCGAGGAUGACUUUGUAACUGCAUUUGAGCAUUUGGAUGAAGAGGAGCCUGUAAAUUCAAAUGAGAACCAAGGAGUAAGGUGGGAAAAUGUGAGAAAUCAGCGUGAUGCUGCUUCCCAAACCCAACCUGCUCAUUGCCUCGAUGUCGGUGGAUCAAAAAUCAUAUUCAGCUCAGUGCGCCGUAGAUCAUCUAUUAAGUCUACAAUGCUAAUGAGUUACGUAGAACUUCCACAGUUGUCAUCUUCUGGUAAAAACACUGUCACAACCUCAAUGUGCAAUACUUGGAAGCAGAGGACGGUUUCUUCCCAAGACAAGAUUGUUUUAUCUCCUUCUCCUGUGGAAUCAUCAGAGUCUGAUUGCUCCAGUCCAAGUCCAAUUAUUUUCCUAGAUGAAGUGGGUUAUCAGAAAAGCUUAAGAGCAAAACUGAACCUGCCAAAGAUACCCGUUGGGAAAGAUGGUAUUGAAGACUCUGAUUCUGAACUAAGUGAAUUUUUUGAUAGUUUUGAUCGAUUUGAUGAACCAGAGUCAACACUGGAAGACCAUUUCCAGACUACUCAGAAAACCAUUCUAGCCAGCCCACCUAAAAAGAAAAAAUGUGCCAAAGGGCACAUGAGCACAGUAUGUAUGAAUCCACAAAAGUUUCAAUUUGAUCGCCCUACACUCUCAGCCAGUGUAAAAAAACCAACUCCCCGUAAGGCAGAAUCUCCUUUUAGUAGUGUAUCUGAUUUACCAGACUCCCCUCGCCUGGCAAAGAUCUGUGCCGAAGAUAAUGGAACCUUGUUUAGUCCAAUUAGAUCAUCUGCCUUUAGUCCUCCUGGAGUUCCCACAACCACAGAUUGUUCUCACUUGGUUAGUCAAGAGGACAAUUCUUUCAGUAAAUUUAGUGAUUAUGCUAACCAUGUAUGCAUUAAUGUGUUUGACUCCGUUUUUAAUACCAAACCAUCUUCCAGCUUUGUCAAAAAAGAGCAGGAGAAAAAUAUGAAGCAUAAACGCAAAUCACAUAGCAAAGAGUCAGACCGUAAAUUGAAGUCCAAACACAAAUCAAUUAAGGGAGGCAUUCAGAAAUUUGCGGCAGAUCUGGUAGAAAACAGUUUAGGCAGCGCAUUUAAAGACUUGCAAAGGGGUGUUUCAUCUUGUACUAGCGCAUUAUGCCACCUAGCUGCAAGACUAACUUCAUAUAUAGUCCAAAUGGCUUUCUAUGAAAUUGGGAGGAGACGAGCCUUUUCAAUUAAAAAACGAGCCAUCAAUAGUUUGGCAAACCUCAUGGUCAGUGAAGUCAUUACAAGUGCCCUGCAGGAACUUCGGCAUAUAAAGAAGCAAAUGGUUACUAAUGCUGUCACGCGUUUCGCUGCUGACCUUGCAGAAGAGCUUGUUUUCGAAGGGAUCAUGGAGGUUUGUCAGUUUUCCCACCCACCGACUCCAACUGUAUCUUAUUGCCAAUCUUUUGACUAUGAAGAUGUAGCUGUAAGUUCCUAUGCUAAAGAUUUAUCAGAAUCUGUUAUUCAGGAAGCCUUUAUUGAAUUAUCUCAAGUGAAUGUGUCUUUUACAACAGAAGCCGCUAUAAGUGUUUCUAUGGACAACCUCCGAUACGUAAGCUCUGAAGCUAUGUCAGUGCAAUCAUCACCCACAUCCACUUCUCCUGGAUUUCAAGAAGUGUCACCUGCUAAGUCUAAAAGAGAUUAUACUGUUCAGUAUGCUUUGUUCUUUACAUCUGGGCUUAUGAGCUCUGUUCCAGUACCUGUAGCUGCCAAAGUUCUGAGCCAGAAACCAAUAUCUAGUGAUACAUACGUUUAUGUAGAUAAUGUAAAAAAGUAUAACUUGUCAACAAAAAGCAUUGCUGAAAUAUCUGGUACAACUAUUAUAUCGUCUUCUAAAGAUGGCGUUAGCAAUAGCCUACAGGAGCAGCAAGAUGCAGAUGGAGUAAAGGCCUUCUCCGUAACUAUGGUAGACAUGAUUGUAAACGAAGCAUAUGAUGUAAUACAAUCUGCCAAAACCGUGGAAGAUUAUGCUGAAAUGAUGACUAAAAAGAUAAUUGAGAGGCCUUCUCUGUGUCUUUCAUUAGAUGGAGAAGCAUCACAACAUAAUUGCACUGAUGGUUUGGGCAAGGGUAGUUUUAAACAUACACUAGGUAGGACUGCAGAUAUGUUUUCAAACAAUUUAGACGUAAUGAAACUGAGUAGGGAAUUGCCUAUUAAUUUUGUUGACCAGCAUAAAGUUAUGCCUCAAGACACUGAAAUGUUGACUUAUUCCCCCAAAUCUUCGGAGCAGCAGAAAAGGAUUUUUAGGUGUCCUCAAGUUGGUGAGCAAAUGUCCCUAAAUCCAUGCUUUAUUGUAAAGCAGUCGGCACAGGACUACAAGUGGGAAGCCUCAGAAAGACGUUCCUCAGGCAGUUGUGCAGUGAAUUCAAAUACUAUGUAUAGUAAAACAAAUACAGAAGGUUGGGCUGCAAAGAGAACUGUUCAGAAGAAUGAUGUUUCAGAUUCUUCAUUGUUCAGCAUUCAUAGUUGUCUCCCUCACAUCAACCAUUUCUCCUCAGUAAUGUGUAAUUGUGGCGAAGAAUUAUUUGUUGAAGAUAAGAUUCGGCAAAGAGAUUCCACUGGAAUAGCACUGCCUAGUACUCCACCUCCAACACCUAUAACAUCCUAUGACAUAAGUCCUGAAAGAAGCAUGAGAAAGCUUGGCAAGCGACUUAAAGGAAAACUAGCAAAAGACUUCUAUCCCGCCACGCCACCUUCUACUCCCCAUCUGUCUGUAUUUGAACACGACAAUACAAAGAGAGAUGAUUUUAUGCUUAAACUCAUGAGAUCACUUUCCGAAGAGGUUGAAAGCUCAAGCAGUGAUGAUAGUUCUGAAGAGCUUGAAGUAUCCGAGGAAACCUGUAGAUAUGCAGACUACUUGUCAAGUAACAUAAUUUCUGUUGCCACUGACAUGGCUGCAUGCUCAUUAGAGGAUGAAUCUGCUCAGGGAGCAUCCAUUAGGAACCGGUCGCAGCUGAGCGUGUUGAGUGAUAAGUGGGGUUACCCUGCCUAUAUGAGAAAUAUUACUGAAGACCUGCUAGAGACCAUGUGUAGAUAUGCAAACUGUGUUGCCGGGGAGGUCAUUAAUGAUGCAAAGGAAAUGAUUGGCAGCAGGAAGAACUCAAUGUGUGAUGUAGACUGUGGCAAUUCCCGACUAUAUGAUAAAGACUGUAGACCCAAAGAAAGAGGUUACAAAUAUGCAAAUAUGAAUUUUAAAUCAACUGAUCCGGCCACUCUUCAUUUGCCUCAUUAUAAUGAUGGUGCUGGUUUGACCUCAAAAUACCCCAGCUGUGAAAGUGUGACUGAAGAAUAUGCAGACCAUCUUAUACGGGUGCUAAAGAUGGAAGGAGGGAACAGUGAGCUCAUUUUGGAUCAAUACGCUGGUAGGUUAGUUUAUAGCGCUAUAAAGUCUGGCCUCCAACAGGCCUCUAAAACCACUAAAGUUAAAUGUAAUCGUAAGGUUAUCCAUAGAGUUAAGUCUGAAGCAAACUGUAGUAAAGAAAUACGUAGACUGUUGAGUAGAACCCAUCAUUCAGACAAAAAUAAACGCAGACUGAGUAACUUUACUCUUCGUUCUUUCAAUGAGGACUCUGUACAGAAAUCUGAACAUGCUGGCCUGCUCACUUUUGCUGAAUCUUUAGCACAUACCAUAACAUGUGACGUAAAGAGAAAGCUAAAAAUGUCAACUGCUUCACUUCCCAAAUCACUGACCGAUUCUUGUCUCUAUACAAAAUCGAAACAUGAUUAUAUUACUGGUGAGGUCGUUAAAACAUCCUACCCCAAGACACUCCUUCCUUUAACUCCUAAACAGAAGUUAUAUCAUAGCACAGGCAGUUUAAAUGAUCAUGGUAUUAGCGAGGGGAUUAUGCAAGCUAUUGAACAGUAUGCCUGCAAUGUUGUAGAUGGCACCUUGGAAUUCAGCAUGGAGGCAGCCAGGCUACAAGCUGCAGAAAAUAGGAAAAAAGCAGAUAAAGUCCCACAUGCUGGAAAACUUACACAUUCUUAUGGAACUGCUUGUAGGCUGUGUAGUGUAAAAGAGCAGAACGGAAACCCUGUAUCCUCCUGUCACUUCUUGCUGGGACAAGAUGUUUCCAGAAAAACUAAGCAAUGUUCUAAGUCCAAGCAAAAUGCUUGUCAGAAAUCAAGACUUUUCCAUCUUAAUAUCCCUAAGAUCCACAUUGACUUUGAUAAGCGAGCAGUGCUGGCGGAUAAAAUUGUGAGUGCAGCUAUUGAAAAAGCUGAGCGUGAGCUGAGUAAUACGAGUUUGGCAGCGGAUAGUGGCAUUGGGCAUGAUGGGGUCAGCUUUGCAGAAAGCCUUACCACGGAAAUCAUGAUGUCUGCUAUGAAGAACAUUGGGCAUGUAUUUAACAUCAGUACUGUUGAUAAAGAUGGCUUUCAGUCAGUGGACUCAGUGACCAGCCAACAGACCAGUGUCAGUGUGGGGGAUGACAGCACCGGCAGCUGGUCCAAUCUCAGUUUUGAAGACGAACACCAAGAUGAAAGCAGCAGUUUUCUCCACCUCAGUGACAGUAAUGGUAACAGCAGUAGCUGGAGCAGUCUGGGAUUGGAGGGAGACAUGUGUGAAGAAAAUGUAUCCUUCCCGCCAUCAGACAGUGACUGUACAGAAGAUAAAGAUGAAGAGCCCAAAGUAACUGCGGAAGUUCUAGAGCAGCACUGCAAGACUUUACUGAUUAGAAACGUUGAUGUGGGCCCAAGUGCGGUUGAGCCACAGUUGCGGGUCAUGUUACAGUGGAUCGCUGCAUCAGAGGCUGGGGUUUCUGAGCUAUACUUUCCAGAGAAUGCCAAGAAAGAGCUGAUGCCUCUUUUCAGGCAAGUUAGAGAAAGAGGCUGGAAAAUCGGUGACCUCUUGCAAGCUGUUCUUCAGUACUGUGAAAGCUCAGAGAUGCCCUCAAAUAUCUCAAAUCCUUUGUUCGCUUGGCUUCUGGAAAACUGUUAACAGGCACUUUAUAGUUCACAUUACUGGAAGAGGUGACCGUCUUCUAAUAGUUAUUUUAGCUAGCAGUUAUAUAUUUCUCUGUAAAGGAAACAGAUAACAUAAUGUAGCGUUGCCUUUGCAUUGUAGAAUAUUUGUAUGUGCAAGAAUAUAUAUAUAUAUAUAUAUAUAUAUAUAUAUAUAUAUAUAUAUAUACACACACACACGUACAGUAUGUAAUGUGUGUGUUACACAUACAGUACAUUAUUUAUUAUAAUAUAGCAUAUCUGUGUGAUUGGCACCAAGACAGUGUGAGUAACUGUGAUGUUCUUGGCGGGUUGUGAGUUGUGUUGGCAUUUGUUGUAUCAGCUUGGGGACACAAUUUCAUAUUUGUAUCCAAACAAAGUUACAUUUCUUUUCUAGACAAGGUUCUACAAGCUAGUUUUGUGUCCUAACACCCUACACGUGUAGAAUAUCACUUUGGAAAGGUGAUUGCACAGGAAAGAGCCCCUUGUGAGAAUAGUGACUGUACUAAGUGUAGCUGCACUACCCCUCGUUUUUUCUGAUGGAUUGCACCUCAUAUAAUAUCUACAAACAAGUUUUUUGUGACUGAAGCUAUGUCUGCAUAAUUGCCCAGCACAUAUUUUAGUAUAGAUAGGGAUCUUCCAUACAAUCUGCUUUACAGUAUAUCUCUCACAUUUUGGCAUGGCUUCAUUCUAGUCAUUCACUUUGCACGUUGUAUUUAUUUUGUGUUUUAUUGAAAUUUGUGCCUGAACGAAAUAAAGUUCACAGUAUUGUACACAGAUUAGUGACUUGCAAGGUAAGUUUUACUGAAAAAGACAUCCACCCAUUAUUUAAUACAUAAGUCCCCUAAUUAAUAUGAUUUAUUAUAAUUGUUUAUUCUUUUCAGUGGAAAAAAAAUCAACAUGUCAAUGUUUAUUUCCUAACGUAUUUAUUUGAUGAAGAUUGUCCAAAUUUGACAAAAAAAAAAUUAGUCUGACCUUUUUCACCUCUUGCUCUCCUUUCCCUAUUCCUCACAAUAUUUGCAGGCAGGAAAACUACCAUUUUUUUUCUUUUUCUGUGUUGAAACAAUUUUGUUACACACAAAAGCUGGCCAAGUUAACCCUUUUGCUGCAACAGACACUUUCUCACUCCUGUGCGGAGUGUGCUUUGGAACACUGUGGGAUGGUUUCAAGCCAGAUCUAUCCAAAAUGGGCAAGAAAGUGAAUUGUAAGUGUGUGUGUGUGUUUGUGUUUGUGUUCUUGCUUAGUACGACCAGCACAUUGUGGUUACAGAUUAGGUAUCAAUUAGCUUUUCCAGUUCAGCAUAAUCAGGAUUACACAGACGCGUUGUCCUAAUAAAAUCAGCACUUUCAACAUGAUAGGGCAAAUUUUUAUUAACUUUGCUAGUUUGCACAGUCAUAAAAUAUGUAGGAAUUAUAUGGGUAGGCCACCUAGGCAUACUGUAUGUAAAAUCCAUUUCCUUUACAGCCAGUCAGCAUUGGGUGAGAAGAAAUGCUGCCCCUGGUGGUAAGGGCCCUGGAACAAGGCCUAAAUACUGUAUGUAACAAUAGACGUAUAAGCUCCCUGAAUCAACUUAUAUAUGUUUAUGUAAUGUAGUUUCUUUGUCUGGUAAGAGAGGUUUUCAUUUAAAUGUUUUUCAAGCAUAAAACCACAAAGAAGAUUACACAGUUUAGAUGUUUUGUUUAUUAAUUGGAGAUUUGAAUGUAAGAAAAGAGCACUCAUCCCAAUCACAAAAUAAUAUAAGCAACACUCAUCCCACUUACAAAAAUAAUAUAAAUUGAAAAGUGGACUGUCCUUUUUACCGUGCUUGGACAAUGGAAUUGCCAAGAAGGUCAACAAGAUAAAUCCACUAACUAUGAGUGUUUAGUGGGGGGUUUUUUCAUGCAAAUAUACAUUUUAUUCUAUUAUAGAAAUAUUUUUAAAAAGGUAUCUGAGACUAGUCAAUGAAUACAUGUCUACUGCCGUAUUGUGUUUCAGCAGCCUAACCUUGAUAAGUCUCUCUACAAAACUGAAAUGUGCAGCAUAUGAAUGGUUUCUACAUAUUGUGUGUGUACCUUUUCACAAAUGUACAUAUUAAUAAAGCAAUUAUUGUAAACUU